UGUAAACGCCAUGGCCCCCCUCAGUGACCCACUCCUUCCAGGAAGGCUCUGCCUCCCACAGGCCCCACAGCUUUCUCAUGCAGCGAGGUCGCCUGAGAGCUGCACGAGCCUGUGGGGGACAUGUCACGUGCAAGCCACAGCAGACGUAGCUGAUUAGUUAGCAGCGUGUCAGCACUGAGGGAAUAUUGAGUUCAGCCCUCGAAAAAAAUCUUGUUUAUUUUUGGGCUGUCAUCCCAGAUUGCUGUGCAAGGUUGGAACACCACAGCGCCACGGCGUUGCCUGUGCCAUGGAUUCCCAGGUCAGAUGCGGCAUCAAUGGUACAGGCCUCAGGGCCGAGAACGUCACAAACCUGCUGGUGCUUGGCUUCCUCCAAAUCCACUCUGACUCUAAUUUCCAACAAGAGCUGGAGAAGCUGUGCCUGGAACUGCCUGGGCAAGGGCAUUGGCAGGCGGAUGGAGAUGAUGAGCUACAGACUGACGGUAGCCGGAUCAGCCGCUGCUUUUACUUUGAGGGAAGAAUAGAGCCAGAUUCUGAACGUCAGGAAGAACUCAUCCAGAACAUUGCCCGGUGCCUCGCCCACGUAGGGGAUGAGAUGGAAUGCCACAUCCAGCCCCGACUGGUGAGCCGUCUGGUGGAGCAGUUCCAGAACAGGAGCCUGUCCGAGGAAGACAGAAGAGACUGCCUCGCCAAGGCCCUGGAGGAGGUGAUGCAGACCUUCCCUAGAGACAUGGAGAUCGAGAAAACCAAGCUGAUAAUAACCAUGCUACUGGCCAAAAGAGUUGCUGGUCACACGCCAUCCUUGCUCCGUGAUACCUUUCAUACAACAGUGAACUUUAUUAACCAGAACCUAUUCGCCUAUGUGAGGAACUUAGUCAGAAAUGAGAUGGACUGAAAGGACCCUGCAGAGCGCGUGGCUGUCCAAAACCUGAUCGUGGAAAUAGAAAUGAAGCUGCCUCCAAGGGAAGGGAGCCUGGCCUCGGAGGAGACAGACCCUGGAUGCUGGCUCUUUCUCCCCGUUUUCAGGAUGAGGCUUUUAAGCUGGUGACUCAUUUAGAAAUUGCUACAUUAAGAUGGUGGAAUGAGAAUGUCAGGUUGCAUGUAUAUGAAGGGUUUUCAUGCCAUCCCCAUCUACACCUUGCACCUUGAUUGUAGUCCAACUAUAUAGAUUCCCA